UCUUUGAUUGGAGCAAAGCACAAAGAACAUGGCGAUGGGCAUCCUCUCAACCCGCAGCAGCUUCGUCUUCUUCGCUCUGGUUUUUGUUGCUCUUCACGGUCUUCUGCUCACUCUCUCCAAUGCUGAAUCUGAAGUUGAUGAUGAGUCUCAUUUCAGUUAUAUCGAAGGAACCGGAAAAGGGCCGAAAAAAUGGGGCCUGAUCGACCCGCAUUGGCGAGCAUGUGGCACCGGGAAAUUGCAGUCUCCGAUCGAUCUGCUCAAUGAGAGAGUGCAAGUCUUUUUGAAUCUGGGGAAGUUGAAGAGAGACUAUAAACCAGCUCCUGCCAUUGUGAAGAACAGGGGACAUGAUAUCACAGUAAUGUGGAAAGGAGAUGCAGGGAAGAUCAACAUUAACGGGACUUACUACAAACUUCAGCAGUGUCAUUGGCAUUCCCCCUCUGAGCACACGUUUAACGGAUCAAGAUAUGACUUGGAGCUUCACGCCGUCCAUUUAAGCUCUCACGGAGAAGUAGCUGUGAUUGCGAUUGUCUACAAGUAUGGUCGACCCGACCCUCUCCUCACAAAGAUACUCGAACACAUAAAAGUAGUCAGGAAGGAAGACAUAGACUUGGGGGUCAUAAAUCCAGGGAUCAUCAAAUUCGGCAGCAGGAAAUACUUCAGAUACAUCGGCUCUCUCACAGUCCCUCCCUGCACCGAGGGCGUGGUGUGGACCAUAGUCAAUAAGGUGCGGACAGUCUCGAGCGAGCAAGUACGAGCACUGAGAGAAGCUGUUCAUGAUGGAUAUGAAGCCAAUUCAAGGCCGACUCAGCGAUCAGAAGGAAGAGCCGUCGGGCUAUACACUCCAAGAAACGAUCGAGGUGCUGCUUAGGCCAAAGCCAGAAUUUGAACUAAUAAAUGUUUUCUGAGCUUCGAGACUGUCUUUUAUUACCUCACCACUUGGAAACAUUUGCAAUUCAAACAAAUUAUUUGAUUUUGAUUAGCAACAUCA